UCACGGAGGUGCCUGGGCGAUGCGAUGCUGUUGCUGUGGGUUUGAUUGACAGGAAACAUGUCGGUGUGGUGGGAGCGAACCGGGAUGCAGCUGCUGCCAAGGGAGACAGGGAGUACCUGCAUCAAAUCCACACAUCAACACCUUUAAAACCACCAGGCUUCCCCCCCCCCCCCUCAAUUCGUCUUCUGAUAAACAGCUUAUCUUUUUUGAAACAUCCAUUUAAAACGAAGGGGCGCCCAAUGGAUGCUGUGGCCAACCGUGUCGUCCCGGUCGGUAUCUUGAUAUUGGGUUUGAUUUAGCCUACAACCAGAGACACCUUGAUGAAACAGCAGGAACUACGAGGACUGUUGUUGCAAUGGAGUCUACCCUCUCACGGCUCAAACCUCGUCUGUAAACCUACGAAAUCUCGUUUCAUGGCGUUUUGCAGGUUGCUCCUUUCCGUGGGCUUCUCCACAUUUCUUUUCUGAAUUAUUUUUUGUUGUUUUAAUUUUUUUCAAAGUGCAAAGGGGGGAAAUAACGACCACUGCUCGCAAAACUAUGAACGAGGAGAUGACAAAAAGCGAGGAGCAGCAUGUUAGUUUGCAGAAAGCCUUGCAGCAGUGCGAGUUGGUGCAAAAUAUGAUUGACAUAAGCAUUUCUAGUUUGGAGGGUUUACGGACCAAAUGUGCCACAUCCAACGACUUGACACAAAAAGAGAUACGAACGCUGGAGGGGAAGUUGGUAAAGUACUUCAGCCGCCAGCUGUCCUGUAAGUGCAAAGUGGCCUUAGAGGAGCGCAGUGUCGAGCUGGAGGACUUCCCUCGCCUCGGCCACUGGUUCCGCAUCGUCAACUUGAGGAAGGAGGUCACAGAGGAGAUGAGCCCAGGUGAGGUAACCCUGGAGGGCCUGUUGGAGAUGAGCGAGGAGCAGGUGUGUGAGCUGCUGCAGAAGUUUGGUGCCAACGAAGAGGAGUGCGCCCGACUCAAUGCAUCCCUCUCCUGCCUCAGAAAGGCCCACCAGCUCGAACAACUUGAGGAGGAUACAUUGCACAGUAAUGGAGGGAGCCAGGAGAAACAGGACUGGUCCAUCCAGUGGCCCACCUCUGAAUCGGGCAAAGAAAACACUCCGGUGUGCCAGCCAGAGGUCAGUCAGUGGAUCCGCUUUCAGCUUUCCCAAAGCCCCAAAGUCCAGUCUAAGUUCAACCAGCACAUGUGCCACAGCCCCCAGGCCCUGGCCCCCCCUUUAUAUGCUGAUCGACUGACCGUUGACAGCCCGGCCACAGGGUUCUUCCCUCCCUUGGACUAUGGUCAUCGCUCCCUGCCCCCUUCACCCCGCCAGAGGCAUUUUGGCCACACACCUCCUCGGACUCCCUUAGUGGUCAACACCAUGACGCCGCCUGGCACUCCCCCCAUGCGGCGUAGAAACAAAGUGAAGGCCCCGGGCACGCCACCUCCACCUAGCCGCAAGCUCAUCCAUCUGCUGCCAGGCUUCACCGCACUGCACCGCAGCAAGUCCCACGAGUUCCAGCUGGGGAACCGCUUGGAUGACACACAGACACCAAAAGCCAAGAAGAAGACCAAGCCCUUGAACCUUAAGAUCCACAGCAGUGUGGGCAGUUGUGAAAAUCUGCCCACGCAGCGCUCACCCCUCCACACCGAACGAUCUCUGCGAUCCUUCUUCUUCCCCUCCUUCAUCCCUUCCACACCACCUGUUCAUGCUGAAACACCCUCUGCAAACACUCUCUCAGUGCCUCGCUGGUCCCCACAGAUUCCCCGAAGAGAUUUUGGAAACUCAAUAAAACACAGGUUUUCCACAAAGUAUUGGAUGUCCCAGACAUGCAUAGUAUGUGGAAAGGGAAUGUUGUUUGGACUGAAAUGUAAAAACUGCAAGCUGAAGUGCCACAACAAAUGCACCAAAGAAGCCCCACCUUGCCAUUUAUUGAUCAUACAGCGAGGCGGACGAGAAUCCCUCAAAGAUCACCAUGGAACAUCUCAAGUAGCUCGUCUGGUACGGACUGAAUCGGUGCCAUGUGACAUCAACAACCCGCUCAGGUACACAGACCUGCACAUCAGUCAGACUCUUCCCAAAACCAACAAAAUCAACAAGGAUCACAUCCCAGUCCCGUACCAACCAGACUCCAGCAGUAAUCCCUCAUCCACCACCUCCUCAACCCCAUCCUCCCCAGCUCCUCCUCUGCCUAGCAGUGCCACUCCCCCAUCUCCACUACAUCCCUCCCCACAGUCGGCGCGGCAACAGAAACAGUUCAACUUGACAGCCUCCAGUUAUUUCAAAUACAAACAACAGUUCAUCUUUCCUGAUGUUGCUCCAGAGGCUCCUCCAAGCAGAGCACCACAGGUCAUCCUGCACCCUGUCCUGUCUGAACCAGGGAAUGAGGGCAACCCUUUACUUCAAAUCGAAGUUGAACCUACAUCAGAUAACGAGGAAGGCAACGACGAGGACUCCGGUGAUGAGUUCGAGGAGAUGAACCUGUCGCUCCUGUCGGCUCGCAACUUCCCUCGCAAGGCCAGCCAGACUAGCAUCUUCCUGCAGGAGUGGGACAUCCCAAUUGAGCAGCUGGAGAUUGGGGAGAUGAUCGGCAAGGGGCGCUUUGGCAAAGUUUUCCAUGGACGCUGGCACGGUGAGGUGGCCAUCCGUUUGAUUGACAUUGAGCGGGACAACGAGGACCAACUCAAGGCCUUCAAGCGCGAGGUGAUGGCCUACCGCAACACUCGCCACGAGAAUGUGGUGCUGUUUAUGGGGGCCUGCAUGAGUCCACCACACCUGGCAAUCAUCACCAGCUUGUGUAAAGGCAGGACUCUUUAUUCCGUGGUGAGGGAUGCCAAGGUUGUCCUGGAUGUUAACAAGACCAGGCAGAUUGCACAAGAGAUGGUCAAGGGGAUGGGCUACCUCCAUGCUAAGGGGAUCUUACACAAAGAUAUGAAGUCCAAGAACGUGUUUUAUGACAACGGCAAAAUCGUCAUCACCGACUUUGGACUCUUCACCAUAUCUGGGGUUUUGCAGGCUGGCAGCCGGAGAGAAGACAAGCUGAGGAUCCCCAACGGUUGGCUGUGUCACCUGGCCCCAGAAAUAAUCCAGCAGCUCUCUCCAGACACAGAGGAGGACAAGCUUCCCUUCUCCAAACAGUCAGAUGUUUUUGCUUUUGGGACCAUCUGGUACGAGUUACACGCACGUGAGUGGCCUUACAAGAGUCAGCCAGCAGAGGUGAUCAUAUGGCAGAUUGGCAGCGGGAUGAAGCCCAACCUCACCCAAACUGGCAUGGGGAAGGAGAUAUCAGACAUUCUGCUCCUGUGCUGGGCAUACAAGCAGGAAGAGCGCCCCAGCUUCUCCAUGCUGGUAGAUUUACUGGAAAAGUUGCCAAAACGGAAUCGUCGCCUUUCCCACCCAGGGCACUUCUGGAAGUCAGCUGAGCUGUAACGGAGUCAUCGAUGGGACUGUGUCUUUGCGUGAAGCUCAACCUCAGCUCUGCUCACAUCUGCUCCACCGCACGCCUGCCCCACCACCCACCUACUCUCUCUUGCCCCACCCUGCUUCCAAAAAAACCACCUUUGCUGCUCUUCCUUCUCGCUCCAGCUCUGACACAUACAUGUUUUUCCUAAUGCCUGAUUGGACCCUUUAGUGGUCAGUAUUGGCCCACUUUGCGAGAGUGGGUGACAAACACACCGCAGACUUUCAAACAGAGAGGCCUUUCUCCGCUCUAUGCCUGAAGCCCUUUCCCAAAACAACGCCCUUGUCUUUCUUUUGAGGAAUUUCAAUAUGCAUACAUGUACCAUCCAUGCCAUGCUGCAACUCAUCUUAAGCUGCUGUGUUUUAAUACCAUGAUUGUGCCACGUAUCAUUCUAUCGCUUUUAUAGGGAGACCUGAGAGGAUUUUUUACAACAGCUACAAAACAGUUGAUUUUCAACAUCUGGAGUGUGCAAAUUAUGCAAAAGAGUAAUUUUGAUGAAUGUCAUUUUGGUUGCCAUGCUACAAAGUCCUUAUAUCUCCACAUUGUCGACAUAUGUUUUGGGUUCUUCAACAAAUCAAUUGGAAAAUUCCCCUGAAAAUUCCUCCAUCAUCUAACAUUUUUAAGGGGUUAAAUGGUUUAAGAAAUGUUCUUUCAACCCUGAAAGUUACAUUUUUAAAAAUUGAUGCAAAAAAUUUAAAGUCACAAAAUUUGUAUUUAGCAUGUGACAGCAAAGCAAGGCAACUGCAUCUGCAUUUUGAUUUUUAAAACCAAGUUCUUUUUUUUUUUCUUUCUUCUUUCCACAUGUUACCCCGUCUCCUAGAAAUUACGAUAAAGUACUAAUAAUUUUGACUAGCAGUUUAAUAUUAAGUACAUUAUGAGGCAUACAGAGCAUAAUGAAGAAACUAUUUUAUUAAUGUAUUUGCCAUCCUUGCAAGUCAGUGUCUGCUUGUAUCAACCUAACAUUGGAGUUAAACAGUUAUACAGUUAUGGUUGAGGUUAGAAAAAGACUGUGGUCUUGUUUUGGUGUUGAAAAACUCAAAAGUGACAUUAAACACAGGAUCGAAAACACAAUCUUUGCCUAACCUUAACCAAAGUGCUUUUAUUGCCUAUACCUUGCCACAAGCAGGACUCAAGAUGCCAGGCUCCGCCAUCUCACUUCUGCACUCGGUAUGACAACGAUCAAGCCCGACCCACCUGCCUACGACUUCUCUGCAUUACAAAGAUGUUGCGUUUUAAUUGCUCACAAUGACAUAGCCUUUGAACACAAUCCAGACAAGGCAGCGAUUAUGUGUCAUACCACAGCGUAAUUGGGAUAACAAAUUAGUAGGUGGCCUAUAUAAAUAUAAUUUCUUGUUGGCAGGGUUGAUAUGAAAUACACUUUGGACGUUGUGCCGUUGUGUGAAUGCUACACAUCAUGCAGUCAGAUCUGCAACAGACUUAUACUGGUGGACACUAAGCAGCUGUGUCUUUGUAAUUGAUUUUUUUCACCAAAUGCACACAUCUACUAUUCUUUUUAUUUUUUAUUUUAAAUCUUCGAGUGUCAAGGGAUUUCUUUGCAAAUUACAGUGUAUGCUGUUUGAGCAAAUUACACACUAAAAUUGAGAUAAUUGGACAGAAUAUGUAUGUGGUUGUUAAAGACCUGCGACCUAAAAGAUUAUUCAAACUUUUCCCCCACACAUGUAAGUGUAUAAUGAACUCAAGGCUAUGCAAUUUACAUAAAGAAACAUACAGUUCAAUAUUUUUUAAACAAUACAUCUUAAAGUGCCAAUUUCUGUACUUGUUGUUGACUGAUUUUUCCAGUGGUAAUGCAAAAGCAAAUCCAAGUUGUUUUUUGUCUCUCAUCUGCAACUUUUUACAGAAAUUCAAGUCAUGUUUUUGAUUCGUUUAGUAGCACUUCGUCCAAUAAGGUGUGAUUCUGAUAUGAUAAUCAAGAUGAAGUGCUUGAAGUUUGAGAGACUUACAGUAAAGGGUCUACAGAGGCAACCAUAAAAUUACUCAUUGGCAGUUGAAGGUUGGUCUGCAAGCACUCAAUUAUCAGCCACAGUCACCUCUUCAAUACUGUAUGGUAUUGUACAUCCUUGCUGUACCACUUGGAAAUAAUUAUAAACACGCCACUUCUUGAAAAAAAUGAGUAAGAAAGGCUCUGGUAUGUCAUUACCCUUCAUCUAAUUGUCAGAACGGUCACUCUUACAUGCACACAAUAAGGCAACUAUUACCAAUGAUGUGAGCAAAACAAGAGUCUGAAUAAGCCACUGGCAUGGUUUUAUACUAGGAAAGCUCCCUUGAAUUAAUAUUACCAUUUCCUGAUGUGAUUCUUCCUUCUAACAGGAUUGAGUGAGAAUUUUCUUUUCUUAAUUUUCACUAUGCCACACUGCUAUUUAUUUUCAACUUUUUUCUACAACAAAGUCAAUUUUUGCGAAGAAUACCACACCAAAAACAUAGAAGGUGAUUGCACUGUGUGCUCUGCCUGGAGCUUUACAGACUCCUUCCACAUACUGGCUUGGCUUUAAACCUGCAGCCUGACCACUUUGAAAAAGUACAUUUAGCAUAUGGCUGGUGGCUAAAUAUUUCUUAUUGUCAACAAAUUCCAUGAAUAGACAGAAACUAACGUGUUUAUCCGUCUCUCAAUACUUUCGGACCCUCUCUGUGGCCCCAAACCAGUUAGUUCCUACUGAAGACGUACAUGUUAUGAAUAGGCUACAUACAUUUUCAUUUAAAAAAAAAAGGGUUUCCUAAAUUAUCUGAGCAAUGUAGGUUUGAGCAGAAGUAAAAGUGCAUUUGUAGGGGACUGUAUCCAGCUGUGGAUUUGGUGCACUAUAGCUGGUGUUACCAGCAGAACAACGAUGUAUGUUGGAUUGAAUUAAAAGAAACUGAACUGAAGAAAAAACUCACCCCGUAAUAAGGUGAGGCUCACUGAUUUUUCUUUAGAGAACUAUGGAGGUCUAUGGCACAGAGGAAUAAGCCAUUUUAAUGCUUGUUAGUAGAAUACAUUUGUUGUAAGUUUUGGUCUUUUCGUGAUAUUUAGAUUUCAUGGUGUUGUGUAAGAACAUAUGGUACUUACACAGACUUUACCUGCUCACAUAAUUGUCCUAUUCACAUUUUUUGUUGUGCAUGUAAAAGUGUUCACUAUGUUUGUGGGAGAAAAGAUGGUAUUUGUCCAUACAGAUUAAUCAUUCUGCUCAUGACACAAAUAUACAGUAUAUGAAACUAGGUGCCCACACAAGAUAAAAGAUUGAAUGUAUUUUCCUAACUAGCUCCUGCUGAUUUAAAAGUUCUUCUUAGACAAAGAAGCUCAGCAUCUUGUAUGAGUGUACAUAGUGUGGACAGAGGACAAACCCUGAAAGACCCAUUUCUCUGCAAUUCCUCUUAACCUUCCUACAUGCACACGCUAAUAGGGCCCUGCUGAGAUCAAACGCAGUAGCAGGACAUAAAAAAACAUUAAUUUGCAGAAUAAAGGCAGCUCUAGACUGCAAAAUGAGCUGUUCUCAGAUCCCCUGCUUGGCUCAUUCCCUCUAGUUUAACAACAUAUUCUCAGUUGACACACAAGUAUUGUGAAAGUGUAAUCCAUGGAAAACCAGCUUUUGAUGACAAAUGCAUAUGAGUCCAUGCAGAUGAGUGGCUGCAAAGACGUUUUUUACCCACAUAGAAUUGUUUACGAUUCAAUGCUGACAGGCUGCAGUUAUUCUAUAUGAGCUUGAUGCAAGUGUUAAUUUUCCCAAAGCAUGUCAUUUUAUAGAAAAAUGUCUGUCCCAUGUAACAGACUUUAUUUCCUCAAAAAAAAGGUAAAAGAUACAGUUUUAAGAACCGGCAUUUGUUUUAGAGAGAGAUUUAGCAAGGACCGUGAAGUCAUGAAAUAGUUUUGACUGUUAUACAAGGGAGCGCACUGAAAGGGCUUCUCAACAUAGUUUUUUCAAUAUUUUUAUCAGUAUUGUUUUUUUUCAAGUUUUGUCUGGAAAGGUUAAAAAGGACACUAACGCUGUCCUGAAAUCAUGGUCAUAAAAACUAGAGAAUGUACAGGAUGAUGUCAAAUACACGCGGCUUUUCUAAAAGGGAAGAGUUGAUUCAAUGUGAACAGACUAGUCUGAAUAUACAGUAUAUCCUACUUCCUGAUGAUAACAACUGGUCUAUAUUUUGAUACAUAUUGCUGAUUCAAUUGUGCUCUGAAUCUGCUUUCAUCCUGGAUACUGUGUGCUGUAUAGGAGGAAUAUUUUUGUCCAGGGCUCAUCCCACUGUAAAUGUAUCAUUUUUAUUCCUCCUUUGUUGUCAUUUUGCACGUAAAAUGCUUUGCUGAAACAGUCAUAAUGCAACACCAUUGAGCUUUUCCCCCUCCAGUUUUGUGACUUUGAUUUUACAAAUCCUUAACUCCAUCAUCAGCAAAACUAUCACUACUUCAUGAGAAUCAGCAUCCUCAUGACAACAUCAACAACACAUAAUGCUGUCCUUGCUCGGAAGAGCACAUUCAUUUAAGCUUGUAUUGGAACUUCAUUUGUACAAUUUGUACAGUAAAGUUUAUAAACGUUUUCUACCCUUCCAGAAAUGAUUUAGUUUCUGCUGUUCAACUGAAUGUCAAUGAAUUACGAUUUGCAGGCCUUGUUAUAAAGUUUGUGUUUUUUGUGCGACAUUUGGUUUUGUUCUACUGUCCAGAAGAGAAGACAAAUUGUCAAUAAAAACUUUAAGUGAUAA